AUGCCGGGGAUUCCCAUGCGCAAUCGACCCAACGCUAGAUCCAACGGUCCCACAGGAUCAGAACAAAACAAUAUGCACGGGCGAGGCCAUCGAAAUGGUUACGACGUUGAAGGGGGCGGUCGUCGAAACGAUGCCAACGCCAAUAUUCUCGAAUCCCAAAACAACGAUCGCAUAAAUGAACUUUCGGAUCAUGUCGCUCGGCUCAAGGGACUUACCAUAGAUAUUGGAAAUGAAGUUCGAGAGCAAAACUCGCUGCUGGACAAUAUGGGCGAUGGAUUCGAAAAUACUAGAGAUAUGCUGGCAGGGUCGCUGAGACGAAUCGGGACCAUGUUGGAGUCGGGUGGUAUGAAACACAUGUGCUACAUGGUUGCAUUUUGCGUCUUUGUCAUGUUGUUUCUUUGGUGGCUCAUGUCACACAAGGGAACAAGCGGUGCUUAG